AACCAGUCACAGCCAUUCAUUCGCCACAGCUCUUCGUGCACAUUGACAACGUCGUAUCGUUAUCUCUCCAGCAGUUGAUUGCCCCCCCAACCCCUGCCAUCAUGGCUGAAGACUCAAUGGAAAUAGACGACUCUCUUUACAGUCGCCAGCGGUAUGUGUUAGGAGACAGUGCCAUGCACCAGAUGGCCCAAUCUGCAGUGUUUCUCAGUGGACUGGGAGGGCUGGGAAUCGAGAUUGCAAAGAAUAUUGUCCUCGCUGGUGUGAAGGCAGUCACCCUUCAUGACACAAAGGAAUGUGAAACCCGGGAUCUGGGUUCCAACUUCUUCAUUCUCAAAGAUGAUGUGUUGAGCCAUCAAAAAAGGGCAGAGGCAGUUUGCCCUCGAGUUGAAGAGUUGAACCCAUAUGUCCACGUGGAUACAUCUGUCUCCCCUCUGGAUGACAACACUGAUCUCAGCUUUCUCCGAAUGUAUCAGUGUGUGAUCCUGACUGAAGCCAGAUUGAGCCUUCAGAAGAGAGUGAAUGACUUCUGCCACUCGCAACACCCCCCCAUCAGAUUCAUUGGCUGUGACACAUAUGGCAUCUGUGUGCGGGUCUUCUGUGAUUUUGGGGACGAGUUUGAAGUGUCCGAUCCCACAGGAGAGGAACCCAAGGAGAUUUUCAUCCAAAGCAUCACUCAGGAGAAUCCUGGCGUGGUAACCUGCCUGGACAACCAACCUCAUGGCCUCCAGACAGGCCAGAGUGUCAUCUUUAGAGAGGUCAACGGCAUGGUGGAGCUCAACAGCACUGCAAGACAGGUUACAGUCCUUUCCCCUCACAGUUUUACAAUAGGAGACACAUCCCAACUACAAGCAUAUGCACACGGCGGUUUCUUUGUCCUUGUGAAAACCCCAAAGAUAUUCAAAUUUGAAACUAUGGAGAGACAGUUGUGGGAUCCUCAGGUUUUGAUUCCAGACUUCAGUAAACCAGAGGCUCCACUACAAAUCCAUGCUGCCAUGUUGGCCCUGGACACCUUCCAGGAGCAGCACAAUAGACUUCCCAACAUUGGCUGUUUACAGGAUGCUGAAGUUCUGCUUAAGCUAACAGAGGAAGUGAAUGCAACACUCAGGAACAAAGCUCCUAUGAAUGCUGAGUUGGUGCAGUGGCUGUCGAGGACAGCCAAGGGGAUCCUUCCUCCAUUAGCGGCAGCUGUAGGAGGCAUCGCCAGUCAGGAGGUUCUUAAGGCCAUCACAGGGAAGUUUGCACCCCUACAACAGUGGUUUUAUCUCGAUGCCAUCGAGAUAGUAAAGCCACUUCAGUCUCUGCCUGCUGAUGAGUUUCUUUCUCGGGGAGACCGCUAUGAUGGACUGCGAGCUUGCAUCGGUCAGUCGUUAUGCGGAGAGCUGCAUAAACUCAGGGUCUUCAUGGUCGGCUGCGGUGCCAUAGGGUGUGAAAUGUUGAAAAACUUUGCCCUGCUUGGAGUGGGAUUGACCAGGAGCUCAGGAGAGGUGUGUAUCACAGAUCCAGACCUCAUUGAAAAGUCCAACCUGAAUAGACAGUUCCUUUUCAGACCACAACAUAUACAGAAACCAAAGAGUACAACAGCAGCAGAAGCCACCCGGAAAAUCAAUCCUGACCUACAGAUAGACGCGCAUCUCAACAAGGUGUGUCCGGCUACCGAAGGCAUCUAUAGUGACUCCUUCUACUCCCGGCUGAACCUGGUAGUCACUGCGUUGGACAAUGUAGAGGCCCGGAGAUAUGUGGACAGCCGCUGUGUAUCCAAUCAGAGAGCUCUCCUUGACUCUGGGACCAUGGGCACUAAAGGACACACAGAAAUAAUUGUGCCAAAUUUGACAGAGUCCUACAAUAGCCAUAGGGACCCACCAGAAGAGGAGAUCCCAUUCUGCACCCUCAAGUCGUUCCCAUCUGUCAUAGAGCACACCAUCCAGUGGGCCAGGGACAAGUUUGAGAAUGCGUUUGUCCAGAAGCCCUCCAUGUACAACUCCUUCUGGCAGACCCACACAUCAGCUGAAUUGGUGCUACAGAGGAUGCAAGCAGGGGAAAAUUUGGAGGGGUCAUUCCAAGUCAUUAAACUGCUGAACAGGCGGCCCCACCAUUGGGAACAGUGCAUAAUCUUGGCUCGACUUAAAUUUGAGAAGUAUUUCAAGAGAAAGGCCCUACAGCUUCUGCACUCUUUCCCUCUGGACACAAGGUUAAAAGAUGGAAGUUUGUUUUGGCAGUCCCCAAAAAGACCACCAGCCCCCAUUGAAUUUGAUUUAAAAGACCCUACGCACCUCACCUUUAUUGUCAGCACUGCCCGACUCUUUGCUGGCAUUUACAGCAUUCCUUACUCAGAGAGGGAUCUUUGUGAAGAGGCUGUGGCUAGAAUCCUCUCCAUUGUCAAGAUCCCAGCAUACCAACCCUCUGUCAAAUCGAUAGAGACUGACGUGGCAGCAAAGAAGCCUGAUCAGAUGAAGAUGCCUCUAAGCAGUGAAGAGGAGAGGGAGGCCAUUACGCAGCUGCAGCAGUCCAUUACUGGCGACAGUGUCAAGCCAGAGACGUUACGGAUGACGGUGCUGGAGUUUGAGAAGGACGACGACAGCAACGGCCACGUAGACUUUGUCACGUCAGCGUCCGCUCUCAGAGCCAAGAUGUACUCCAUUGAACCCGCUGACAGGUUCAAGACCAAACGCAUCGCCGGCAAGAUCAUCCCCGCCAUCGCCACAGCAACAGCCGCCGUGGCAGGACUGGUGGCCCUGGAGCUGAUAAAGAUCGUUGGAGGCUAUGGCUUUGAGUCUUUGAAAAACUGCUUUUUCAACUUGGCCCUCCCAGUAGUGGUGUUCACUGAGCCUGCUCCUGUCAAGCAGACACUCAUCAGGGACAACAUCUAUUUUUCCAUCUGGGACUGCUGGACUAUCACCGGCCGUGAGGACUUCACCUUGUCAGACUUCAUGAACGCAGUCAGGGAGAAGUAUGGAAUUGAACCCACCAUGGUGGUCCACGGUGUGAAGAUGAUCUAUGUGCCUGUUAUACCAGGACACACAAAGAGACUUAAACUCACGAUGCAGAAACUGAUCAAGCCAGCAAUGGGCCGCCAAUACGUCGACCUCACGGUGUCAUUCGCACCGGAGACUGACACAGACGAAGACCUCCCCGGUCCUCCUGUCAGGUACUACUUCUCCCACGAUGGACACGCACCCUGACAUCGCCACACCACCCUGUUACAUACAUGAAUGAAUAUAUACUGUUGCAAUGACCAGGGAAGUGGUCCCAGCACACAGCUCCUCAUGGAAGUCCAGCCUUGCUUUGCUGGGACAGAGGAACAUGAGGCUUCCUGAGUAGCACUUAACUGUACAUGUGCACAUACAGUAUGUUCUCUGCUGUUUUUCUUUGUUUUAACUCUGAUGACGAAUUGUACAGCUCCACUUGUGCUGAUGCCUUAAUUAAGACCCCCUUUUUGUUUGUGGCACUGAGCCUGACUAUCGUGUUUACAGAAACAUGCACACUCCAAUCUACAAUUUACUUGCAGCUGUCACUCAGUGGAGAUGCCAACAAUGAUGCCAGUUAUUGUGUCGAUUACAGAAAAUAGACUUUACCCGUAAUUUCUCUUGACAGCGUGACUGUGUUUUCGAGCAUGGGUUCACAUCAUCAUCAGUACUAUGCAUACUUGCUAGCUGUAGCUCCUCCUUUAUCAUUUAGACCAAUACUUCAUUGAUCUUCACUUGGCUUUAUUUCUUGGAUAACAAGCAACACCUUUUCUAGUUUCAGGAUUUCUGUUUACAUUUGUGCCAAUGUUGUGUCGCUGACGAGCAGCCCUGUUCCUGUUGAAAGUGUUCAUGCUCAUCCCCUUUUGCAGACUCUAUCGUGUCCAGGUAUUUUGAAGAAAAUGACAUCGGUUAGUGUUCCACCUGAACUGGCCUUCAAACUAAUUUACUUUCACACUUGUUUUAUUUUGUGCAAAAUGUCUCUUUUUCCACAUGAUCAGGUGUGCAGUGAAUGUCCCAAUUGUAAAACACUGAUAAUGUUGUACUUUUUUGUGACGAGACAAGUUCAGCGGAUCAAUAAAAUGUGAGUUAAUGUCAGUCACACACUUUCUAUUAACACGAGGAUGUUAUCAAGAUGAGUUUAUUACAUUCAAGCAAUGUCAUAAAUACAGAUGUUAAGAUAUGAGUAAAAGUUUUAAAAAAAAACAACCCUUGGCACAGUAUAUCAAUAAAUAUGUUCAUUUGGACAAAGUGCAAUUUCAUUCUUUAUGCAGUGAUUUAAAAGUUCUGGAAUUAAA